UCAUGUGAGAAAGCGCCAUCCAGACUGUCAGCACAGGAGAUCGAUGACACUGGAAACAGUCUGCGGCUUCUCCAUGGCAAGCAGAGGCAGCUUCACCAGCUCAGAGUUCUCAGAGGAGGAACCAGACGGGAGUCUUCAAGGGUUCGAGGAGCUGGACAGCAGUGACGGCAGCAGCUCGACGAGUUGUUACCCCAACAGUGCCCUAAGCGAGCCAGAAGAGAGACAGAGCAAGAAACGCAGCAGGCCGGUGCGCUCCAAAGCACGCAGAGUGGCGGCCAACGUGAGAGAGAGGAAACGCAUCAUGGAUUAUAACCAAGCCUUCAACGCGCUCCGGGUGGCUCUGCAUCACGACCUGAGAGGAAAGAGGCUGUCGAAGAUCGCCACGCUCCAGAGGGCCAUCAAUCGGAUCUCGGCUUUGUCAGUCUUCCUCACUAACAACCCACCAGCAAGUGUGGGGAAAUCCUGCAGCCCCAUUGAGUGUCACGGUCAGCCGGGCGGCUUGUGGCAGGAGCCGUCGCCGUCGCCUCCUGUCCGCCUCGAAUCCCAGAGCUUCCUAUCCUGGCACCAGCCGCUCAGCCAUCAUAUACAAAACCCCUUGCACAGACUGUCCUCAGAGCAACACACUUUCACGGACCCCGCUUGUCCGCCGUCCCCUCACUACCCGUGUUUCUCUCCUGACGCCCAGGUUUACCCUUCUAGCGAUAUGGCAAGCUCAUCCAGGUAUGGACGGAUAAGUGAUGUUGGAGCAUAUCAGCCAGGAGUUUGGGGCUCUUAUGGCCCAAAUCAUACGGACAAUUAUGGGGAACCACUGCAGACGCUCCCUCUGUCCUGGCACAUGGGCUACCUAUAACAGGCCUCAGCACUGCUACAACACACUGUGAUACACACUCAUGCACCAGGAUUCCUGAGACUGAGAGAACUGAGAAAAAUCACUGCCAACACCUGUAAACAGGUGCAUUUCUGGUUACCGUUUGGUAACAUUGUAUAUAUUUUGAAUGUAAUUACAAAUAGUGUUAAAUGCAUUAAGAGAAAUGUAUAUGUAAUGAGCAAAUUAUAUGUGAUUUGCAAAAGUAUUGCAUUAGUAAA